AGAGUGUCAGCUCCACAGCUCAGCGCUCAGGCAGGUUUGAUCUGCUGCAGGAGAAACUCAGAGAACUUUCUAUCAGAGGAAAGACGGUCUGUGUUAGCAGGUGCCUGUCUGUGUACUGUCCCGUUCUUCAGUUCUUCAGAGCCCUCGUUCAGCCGGAGUACAGCGCUGUCACAGACGUGUAUGUGCUCAUGUUCCUGGCUGACACAGUGGACUUCAUCAUCAUCGUCUUCGGCUUCUGGGCCUUCGGGAAAUACUCUGCAGCCGCUGACAUCACUUCCUCCCUCUCAGAGGACCAGGUCCCCGAAGCCUUCCUGGUUAUGGUUCUCAUUCAGUUUGGGACCAUGGUGAUAGACAGGGCUCUGUACUUGAGGAAGACGGUUUUGGGGAAACUGGUCUUUCAGGUGAUUUUGGUUUUUGGGAUCCACUUCUGGAUGUUCUUCAUCCUGCCGACAGUGACUGAGAGGCGGUUCAGUCAGAACCUGGUGGCUCAGCUCUGGUAUUUUGUGAAGUGUGUGUACUUCGGUCUGUCGGCCUAUCAGAUCCGGUCCGGUUACCCGACACGCGUCCUGGGGAACUUCCUGACAAAGAGCUACAACUACCUGAACCUCUUCCUGUUCCAGGGGUUCCGGAUGGUCCCCUUCCUCACUGAGCUGCGGGCCGUGAUGGACUGGGUCUGGACCGACACCACCCUGUCCCUGUCCUCCUGGAUCUGUGUGGAGGACGUUUACGCCCACUGCUUCGUCCUGAAGUGCUGGAGGGAGUCUGAGAAGAGGUACCCUCAGCCCCGUGGGCAGAAGAAGAAGCGUGUGGUGAAGUACGGGAUGGGCGGUCUGAUCGUGUUGCUGCUGAUCUGCAUCGUCUGGUUCCCGCUGCUCUUCAUGUCGCUCGUCAAGUCUGUCGCUGGAGUCAUCAACAGACCGCUCGACGUCUCCCUGACCAUCACACUGGGAGGCUUCCAGCCGAUCUUCACGAUGAGCGCUCAGCAGAACCAGCUCAGAGACCUGACGGAGGCGGACUUCAGCUCCUUCAAGUCCUCGUACAGCUACACCCCGAGUGCUUUGCAGUUCCUGGAAGCAUAUGGUCCUGAGGAUGUGACAGUGGCCGAGCUGCAGGGCAGCAGUAACUCUCUGUGGACCAUCAGUCCACCCAGCAGGGAGUACCUGAGCCAGGUGCUGCACCUGGACCACUUCCCUCUGACCCUAUCCUGGACUGUUCAGAGGAACUUGAGUCUGGGGGCAAAGGCGGAGCUGGCGUCAGGUAAACAUGUAACCUUCCUGGAUGAUCAGACUCGCCUGGAACUGAUCCAGCUGCUAAAUGGAACCAGGAUACUUCCUGUGCUCAUACAGGACGUGUUUCCGUGCUUCAUCAGAGCCCCGAGCGACUCCAACGGCAAACCCAUCGAACAGCUGUACAGAGAUGACAAAUAUAAAGACAUCCUGCUGGACUUAGAGCGCUCCACCAAUCAGAGCAAAGAGAUCCAGGAGUGGUGGAUUGUGGACCAACCAUCUGAGAGUCUGGUACCAGUUGGGGGAGGAGUCUCACUGAUUGACAAGAGGGAGGCGGGGCUUCAGUUGUUUGUGUUCAGUGAUAAAGUCAGUCCUCCGAGUCUGGGCUUCCUGGCUGGAUACGGAUCACUCUCUUUGGUGACUCUCUCACACAAGAAGAAGAACAAGAAGAAGAGGAGGAGCGAGGUGGUGGUCGUGAAGGGGAAGUUAAAGCUGUUCUCGGUCUCGGGUCUAGUGGCGGCACUCGGCAUCCUGGUCCUGUUGGUGGGCGGAGUCAUGGCCGCUCUGGGCUACUGGCCUAGAGAUGGUCUGUUCUUCAGUACUCAGCACCAAGAGGGGAUCGCCAUGGCCUCAGUGUCAACCAGCAGGUCCACACAAGAACCUGCACAGUCUCAGGAGGGAGAGGAAGGAGAGGGGGAACCACACGGAGUAGGAGGAGAGGAAGAAGAGAGAGGAGGAGGUGAUGAAGAAGGAGGAGUCUAUUUGAACCAAACAGAUCAUGUGAACGGGACAGCGGGACGGAUCCCACGAGGCUUCCUGGAGGACUUCCUGGACAGGUAUCUGUACUCUGAUAGGCUGAAGGUCUUCGGUCCUCUCAUCAUGGGCAUCGGGAUCUUUCUCUUCAUCUGUGCCAACGCCGUCCUCCACGAGAACCGCGACAAGAAGACCAAGGUCAUCAACCUGCGGGACAUUUACUCCACCGUCAUCGACCUGCACAGCCUCCGAAAACCCAACGCCUCCUCCGGGUCCUCCUCCAACCCCCUCAACGGACUCAUCAACUACGUCCAGUCCAAGAGCCUGGAGACCAAACCCAGGGCGUACCCCGCCUCUCUGAUGAGCCGGAGGGGAGGAGGAGGAGGAGGAGGAGGAGGAGGAGGAGGAGGAGGAGGAGGAGGAAGAGGAGGAGGAGGAGGAAGAGGAGGAGACAGAGGAGGAGGACGCGGGGAUGGAGACGAAGGAGACGCUGUGUUCAGUAUUUACCAGGAGCAGCUGGACUCUCCCCCCCCCCCCUCGUCUGAUAGACUCUCCCUACCCCCCAGUUUCAGCCCUCCUCGCCCCUCCACCUGCUGGACCUCCGUUCAGAAGGAGGCGCUCAACUCUUUUACCUUGCCGCUCCGCCACCCGCGCCCUCCCCCGCCCCGCAGGAGGCACUCAGCCAGGGCGGGGACGAGUCGGGCCUGGGGGACAGGACGGGAGGAGGGGAGAGUGGAGGGGGGAGGCGACAGACAGGAGCAAGAACAGGAGUAUGCUGGUCCUCCUGUGGACUCCUUCACACCCCCCCAGCUCAGACCCUGUCAAGGUCCCUCAGCAGCUUCCUCCAGUCUCCACAAGGGGGCACCAAGGGACUCCCAGGCCCUGCUCCUCCUCUCCUGCUCCUCCCUCACCCCCUCCCACCUGUCCCUCUCCUCUCUGUCUCACCUCCUGUCCUCGUCCUCCUCCACCCCUGCUCCUCCCUGCAGGAGGCGGAGCCUGCCGUGCGGCGCCGCAGGUUACAGCAAACUGACUCAGGGAGAGGAGGAGUCCUUCGAGUCAACCGAGAUGACAUCAUCAGCCCAUAUGACAUCACAGGGCUGGGGUCAGAGGUCAGAGGAGGCAACCAGGAAGUCCUCUAACAGAGAGAACCUGAGGAUAAUGUCACAGGUUGAUUCAGGUGAGAGGAAGAGGAGGGCUGACCAGCCAAUCAGGAGCUGAGUCAGAGGUCAUGUGACCUCCCUUCAGACUCUUCAUCAUGUUGGAGUUAUUUAUUUACAUGGUACCUGACCCGAGGAGGACCAGGGGACUCGUGGACUCAGAGGUGGAACUGGAUCGAGUCCCAGCAAUAAGGAGUGACAGGGAACAGACCCAUGAGCUGUGUACUACUGCCUAACCCUGACCCCCCAACCUGACAGAGCCCGGUCUGCAGGAUCACCCUGAGACCACAAAGACUGAGGCACAUGAUGACUACAGCUGAGGGACACCUUAUCUGGACCACAGCUGAACCCCCAGAGACCGCUUACAUCAUCCAAACACACCUAUAGACACAGAGCUGAUAUAGAUCUAUAAACAUAGAUCUGAUAUAGAUCUACAAAAACAGAGCUGAUAUAGAUCUAUAGACACAGAGCUGAUAUAGAUCUAUAAACAUAGAUCUGAUAUAGAUCUAUAGACAUAGAUCUACAAACACAGAGCUGAUAUAGAUCUAUAGACACAGAGCUGAUAUAGAUCUAUAGACACAACGCUGAUAUAGAUCUAUAAACACAGAGCUGAUAUAGAUCUAUAGACAUAGAUCUACAAACACAGAGCUGAUAUAGAUCUAUAGACACAGAGCUGAUAUAGAUCUAUAGACACAGAGCUGAUAUAGAUCUACAAACACAGAGCUGAUAUAGAUCUAUAGACACAGAGCUGAUAUAGAUCUAUAGACACAGCGCUGAUAUAGAUCUAUAGACACAGAGCUGAUAUAGAUCUACAAACACAGAGCUGAUAUAGAUCUAUAGACACAGAGCUGAUAUAGAUCUAUAGACACAGCGCUGAUAUAGAUCUAUAAACACAGAGCUGAUAUAGAUCUAUAGACACAGAGCUGAUAUAGAUCUAUAGACACAGAGCUGAUAUAAAUCUACAAACACAGAGCUGAUAUAGAUCUAUAGACACAGAGCUGAUAUAGAUCUAUAGACACAGAGCUGAUAUAGCUCUAUAGACACAGAGCUGAUAUAGAUCUAUAGACACAGAGCUGAUAUAGAUCUAUAAACACAGAGCUGAUAUAGAUCUACAAACACAGAGCUGAUAUAGAUCUAUAGACACAGAGCUGAUAUAGAUCUAUAGACACAGAGCUGAUAUAGAUCUAUAGACACAGAGCUGAUAUAGAUCUAUAGACACAGAGCUGAUAUAGAUAUAUAGACACAGAGCUGAUAUAGAUCUAUAAACACAGAGCUGAUAUAGCUCUAUAGACACAGAGCUGAUAUAGAUCUAUAGACACAGAGCUGAUAUAGAUCUAUAGACACAGAGCUGAUAUAGAUCUAUAGACACAGAGCUGAUAUAGAUCUAUAGACACAGAGCUGAUAUAGAUCUAUAGACACAGAGCUGAUAUAGAUCUAUAGACACAGAGCUGAUAUAGAUCUAUAAACACAGAGCUGAUAUAGCUCUAUAGACACAGAGCUGAUAUAGAUCUAUAGACACAGAGCUGGUGACCUCAUAUUGAUCUAACGGGUGUUCUGAGUCCGGGGUUUACGGGACAGCAGGACUUUUAUUUGGGGGGUCAGACUCAGAGGGUGUCAGAGGGCUAAAUCGAUGUUCUGUUUGUACCUGUGAAUCUCACCUGUGACCUGAGAAUGCUUUAAAGGAAACACCCGUUGUUUUUGAGCCAUAACCUUCAUCAGCAUGUGACCGACCACCUUCAAUCCUCCUGAAGAGACACUUUGAUCUUUGCCAUGUCUUCCACUGAACCUGAACCUGCUCCAAAAAACUGCACAACGUCCCCUCAGCUGAGGACUCCACCUGUCAGCAGGGGUUCCCGCUGAGAGCACCUUUCAGACAUUUUUAUCAUGAAUACAAAUAAAGCACAAGUUCAGCUCUGU